AGUGGAUGAAAGUUUUUGAAUGUGAUUUGUGUUUUGUAAAAUUCUGAAACACAUUCGUAAUCCUAAGUACAAAAUGCAAUCAAUUCUUGUCAUCCGUGAAUACUUAGAAUAAAUGUUUAAACUGUCUGUCUAUUACAGCAACAUGCAGCAGUUGACUAGUUGACCAACUGAAAAAUGGAAGCAUCUCGAUUCAAACUACCACUCUCCCAUGAUUACGUUGACCCUAAUUACUCUUAAUCUUUGUAUAUUAAUGUUGAUUAACACAUUUUUAGAUACCUCCGAUUGUCCAUCUUUCAAUCAUACUGUUGCAGCAUUGUCCAAAGCUUCUUCCCAGUUGUGAAUCUAAUGACGGACAAUAUAAACUUCAACGGUGAACCCUUCUUAUGUCAAGAUCACAACUUGAGUGAUAAUAUUAUAAUGGCAUCAGAUAACUAUGUUAUUGAUGGGACCGAUCCACAUCUCGUCAAUCUUUAUCAUGGAAAAUUGUAUGAUAUUAUUGGCCAGGAAGAGACCGCCAGAAAAGUGUCCUUUUUGAUUUUCCAAUAUACCCAUGCAGCUUCUAGAAUGAGGAGAUGGCUCGGCAGUCUUUCUGCAUUAGCUCCCCUGAAUGUGGCUAGAACUUACUGUGUCUCACCUGUAAAAGCAUUGAUUAGUCGUCCAUAUAUGUAUAUAGGAUCAGUGCAAAUAAGAAUACAGGCAACCCAGAGAGUAGUAGAUAAACCUUGUCUUAUAAUAGAUCAAGUUUCAGCUCAAACAUUUGAUGCGUGGAAUUCAAGUGCUUUAAAUGAAGAAGAUUUAACUUUGUUUUUCCGUUCUCUGUUCUCUGCGGUGAGUAUGUUUCAUCAAGAUGGAAAGUAUUUUGGGAACAUUAGAGCAGGAAUACGCAUCUCUGGUAACCUUCCAACACUUGCAUUUCCUGCUGUCUUCGAAGCUAUACAGUGUGAGCAAGGUAUCCGGAAUGACCUUAAGGAACUCCAUAAAAUGGUGUUGGAAUCAAAAGUAUCAGGGGCUUGUGAAAGGAAGUUAUUUGAUGAACUUUGUCAAAAGUAUGUGGGGAACCAUGGAAGUUCUGCCUUUUUAAGAGAUGAAUCAUUCCUAAUUACACAUUGUCCUGUGGUCUGGACCAGUUCAGAUAGAUACAACUUUAUUAGGAAAUUAGGAGAAUACAGAGAUUUUAAUAAGCGUUAUUAUGAAUCACUUGUCAGCGAUACCCUUGAGCAAGCAAUACCAAUCGACUUCUGGACAAGGAUACAGACAGCUACACCAUCAUCUUCAGCUUCCAAGCUACAAAGAUUAUAUUAUCAUGAUAAUGCCGAUACAAGGACAUAUUUAUCAACAGAAUCUAUAAGACAUUUUCACAGAUGUGGAUACGAGCAUAAGACACCUGGAUAUCCGUCAAAUCUGGACAUGGAGAAAUUAUUAUACUCUGUCUUCCCAGAAGCCCCUGCGUUCUUAUACGAGAUGAUGAUCAACAAACUGUAUGUCAGGGGUCAUAUGAUGCCUUCCAUCAUAAAUUUUCUCCAAAUUGGACCAUAUAAGUUUAACUUCUAGCUCAUACUUUGGACCAUUUUGAAUUCUGUGGCUACAUGUCCGUACGUCACAUCAAGGGCUGCUUCGUAUGCAAGUAACAAGGUUCAGGACAUUGAUAUGAGUAUACCACUAUUGGUACUCCCGAUUCAGCAUCCAGCUGAGCUUCACGGGGAAUAAUUGUGGAGAAAUGUUCCCCUGACAACCUGCCUUAUAAAGGAAAAAACCGCCAUCACAUACGUGCAACAAACACAAGGAGGGCAAGAUGGGGGAAAUCCAGCAUCGCGUCAACCAACGAUGUGCAACAUACAUAAGGAUUCUAACUUCAAAUCCUUGGAUCAUGGAGCUUUAGCCAGAUUGACCCCAUAAGUUUCAGUUCCAACUAACAGAUGCUGAUCAAUCAAGAUCGUCGAGCUUCAGAUAUUGAGAAGCUGAUCUAUGGCAGUGAUGUACUUGUUCUCCAUGGGAAAUAACCAUCUACGAGGUUAUUGGUUGAUCAUUCGAUAUAGAGAGAGCUUUCUAUGGGAAAUGGAAAAGAGUGAUAAUAUCUCGGGUCUAUCCAACAAAAUAUAUUACUGGUAAUGGGGCAGCAGAAGUAUACAUAUUUAACAAUACCACGGGAAUGAGUGUGACUACCUGAGUGAAGCUCUGGCAAAUGGAUUCUGCAGUCUGAAACCUUCUCAAUGAUUUAAUUAAUUGUUUGCAACUCUAUCAUGUAGAGGUAUUAUACAUUUGACAGAACAGAUCUGGACUACAUAAAGUUCUGCAUUCCAUCAAACCACAGAUCUGGACUACAUAAAGUUCUGCAUUCCAUCAAACUACUCUCUCUCUUUAUAUCAAUAGGCUUCAACCGCAGUAGCUUAGAGCAAGUCCAAGUGUCCAACAAUGUACUAAAUAUGUCCUAACCUCAAAUUUAAGAUAUUUGGAUGAAACGGUGGUGUCUUAAAUUACCGGGACAUCCAAUUCAAUAUAAAAAAGAAUCAGCAGAUUUAGUGUGCA